AUGCAAACAUCAACUUUUUAAACACCAUCAAUAUUCUUCGCUAGCAUCACUGCAAAAAAGGAAAAUACAAUGACUGCAAUAACUCUACCAAACAUGAGCUUCUCUGCUCCCACUUCAUCUUGCAGAAUGAACAAAAUUUCUAAUGUGAAAUUGACAACAAUGUCAAGUAGGAACAGAACUUUCUACAAUAAUGUAAAGGCUAUGGCAACAGGUGGUGAAAAAUUGUCACCAAAGAUGAAGGUGUCACAAGCUUCACCUAGAGUAUUGUUUAACCAGUUUCCAGUAGCUAGAACUGUGCAACAAAUGAUGGACACAAUGGAUAGGAUUGUGGAAGAUCCAUUGGUGUACAAUGAUGGUUCCCGUUGGAUAGUUGUGGAAAAUGAAGAACAGAAUAAGAGAAAAAUGCCUUGGCUAAUAAAAGAAGGACAAGAUGAUUACAAGAUAAGAUUCAACAUGCCUGGUAUGAACAAGAAUGAUGUUAAGGUAUGGAUUGAAGAGAAAAUGUUGGUAGUGAAAGCAGAAAAAGUAGCUACGGAGAAACAUGAAGGUCAAGCAAAUGGCAAUGGAAAAUUAAGUCAAGAACAUGAAGAUUGGCCUGCCAGUAGUUAUGAUAGGUAUUAUCAUAGAAUUUCUCUUCCGGAAAAUAUCGAGUUUGAGAAAAUUAAGGCACAAGUUAGAGAUGGUGUUCUUUACAUAACAAUCCCUAAAGCCAAAGCUAAUGCAAAAGUAAUUGGCAUAGAUGUUCAGUAAACUCUGAAGUGGCACUUCAGAUUAGUGAAGUGCUGUACACCAAUGUGUUGAUGGUUUCAUUUUUUGUCAACUUAAUAUCGGUUUUAUCGUAUCAA